AUUCAAUGUGUUGAAGUAACUCACCUGGCAGCCUCGAAGCAUGCUUCUUUUGUGCAUGAUAACGAAUAGGAUCCUUGUUUGAUUCUUCCCUGCAUGUUAGCCUCGCAUGAAACACAAUGACGAUGAUAUCUCCACCCGCCUCACCUUCGACUCCUUCGCGAAAGCGCAGAUCGCUUAGACUGUCCACGUCCCAAGAAACACCAACAAGUCCCUACACGAGCGGCACGACUAAUGGCACUACCUACUCGAGACGUUCAUCACGUACUUCCCAGACUUCCUACCAGCCACGAUCUCCAAUGACACCCAGACCCAUGUCCUCAAAAUCCUCCAGACCGCCCUCCUUCUCGCAGCAACAACGCCGGCCGAGUCGGACGAGCGUUAUCAGCACGAGGAGUACAGAGGAUGAUCAAGGCCCUGGGAAUCUUGCAGACGAAUUAGGACAGGCUUGGGACGAAGAGGACGACGGUCAGUCGAGUUUCCUCGAGGGUCUGAGAGAGGGAGCCGUGGAGCAGGAUACGUCGAUGAACGGCCUACAAAGUCCAUACUACAUGAAUGACAUGCACGAUUUCGGAUUUGGUAUGGUGGUGCAGAGUCCUCACAUCGGUCAACAUGAUUCGUUAUCACCUGCGAUGCACCCGCCACCCAAGCCGCGAACAGACAUCGAACGAGGCCACCAGAGACACGAGUCGGCCUACGACGGGUCAGAAUAUGGCCCCGAGUCCGACGCGGAACAGGACGAAGAAGAGUCUCUCCCGCCUGCCCUUCGAAGACGAAUGCGUGAGCUCGAGAAGCUCACACGCAUGUGUGUCAAUCCGGAAGACGCAGUGAGCGAGGGUGGAGGGACCGUCAAAAGAACAAUUCAAAACCUGAAAGAACUUGGCCCGCAAGGGAACAUCGAAUAUGGCGUCACACGUAUGAUCACGGCAUAUACAUCAAUGUCCUCACACCGGACACAUACAACUCGAGAUCUGUUCACACAAAGCCAUUCACUCAUGUACGGCGGGUUUUUGAAUUUACCCGAAGAAAUGCUCGAUCUACUCGUCGACGAAAUCAACACAUUGAGCUCGAGUGUGCCCUUUCUCCGACCACAAAAUCCUCUCCUGUCUUUACAGAUUCUCGCCUCUCAAACCGAAGAGCUCGGCCAGACCCUCCGCUCACUUACCGACUUGCUUCAGGAGUUUCGUCUGGCAGCCACAGCAGCGACACGCAAACUCAAAUCAGUGCGUGACAUGGUGGACGACAUGCGGGUGGACGAAGAGCUGGUGGAGAAUAGCAUUAUGCUCAUUCAGACGGGCGACUGGGACCGACGGUGCAAGACAAGGCAGGCCGCGAAGACUUGUCAAGAUGUGUGCAAGGGGUUUGCUGAUCGGUGGGGAUUGGAUUUUGAUAUCGACCUGACAGCAAAGACUGAAGCACCACCAAAAGUCAUGGUAACGGCACAAUAAUGAUCAUAAUGAGCGAUUGAUGGUACUAGAGCAUGGAGUAUAGGGUUGGGUCUAUGGUAAGCGCAUACAUGAACGUACUCUGGUGGGAGGAGUAUAUUGGUUAGCACCGGUAGUAGGAGAUACCAUUCCACCAAACGAUAAUGUGAUAAUGGCAAACGAAACGUCCUCUGUACCGAAGCCCUCGAUUCCUUCUGUACCGG